AUGCGUUCAACGAUUGUCUCCGCUGCGUCGCUAGUCUCGCUCUUCGGGGUAAUUCCCGUCAGAGCAGCAGACAAUGACACUUACUGGCCAUGGCAGACUUACAAGUCUGAGCCCAGUCUGCAGCCGCCUGCGCUGGAGAUCACCAAGAAUGGUCCCGUCUCCCCGGGCUACCUCUUCUUUGACCAGAAUGGCAACUAUGGACACAACUACAGCUGCUUCAUCAUGACUGAUGAUGGAGACCUCGUCUGGCAGGGAGGCUACGGAGAUUACUCUGCCUUCAAGGCUCAGACCUUUGAGGGCAAGCCCGUCCUGACCUACUUUGAAGGUGUCACUUGGUCUGAGCCUUGGGGAUGGGGCUACGGUCUUGUCAAGGUCCACAAUGACCAGUAUGACAACAUCUACAACGUCUCGGUUCCUGGCACUCACUUCGUGACCAUCGACAUUGCCGACACUAGUGGCUUCGAAUCGUGGCUCGACAUGCACGAGGACCUCAUCACGUCCGAGGGCACCAUGCUGACCACGGCGUACAACGUCACGCCAGCCGAUCUGACCUCUGCCGGAGGCCCCAAGGACGGCUGGAUUGUCGACAGCGGUUUCUUCGAGAUUGACGUCAAGACGGAUGAGGUCCUCUUUGAAUGGUUCGCUUCGGACCACAAGGACCAGAUCCCCCUGGCUGAUGCCGUCGAGACUUACCCCCUGGACUACCUUGGCACGAACCAGACCUACCCCUGGGGCCCCUUCCACAUCAACACUGUCAACAAGCUUGACGAUGGUUCCUACCUCAUCUCGUCGAGACAGUACUGCUCGAUUUUCAUGAUCAACCCCGACGGUUCGGUCGCCUGGACGCUCAAUGGACGUCACGGUGGUAACUUUACUCUCGGUGAGGGACUCGACUUCUGCUACCAGCACGACAUUCGUAUCCACGCCAUCGAAGGAAGCCAGUACACCAUGAGCUUGUUCAACAACGACAACAAUGCCGACUUCUACGGCGUCAAUCAGACCACUGGUAUCUUCAUGCAGGUCGACGUCGAGAACUGGACUGCUACCUUGCUCCAGGAGCUCACUGACCCCGAGGACGCCAUCUACUCCCACUCCCAGGGUAACGUGCAGCUGCUCGACGAUGGCCAUGUCAUCAUGGGCUACGGCUCGACGCCUCGCAUCAAGGAGUACAACCCCGACGGCUCCGUGGCCAUGUCGGUCAAGUUUGGCCCGAGCGAGGGCACCGUCUUCUCUUACCGUGCCUACCGCCUGCCCUGGGUCGGCAAGCCCACCACCUCGCCCAAGGCUGUGGCAUGCAGCGACGAGAGCAACCAGACGUCCGUCUACAUGAGCUGGAACGGCGCCACCGAGUAUACCUCGUGGAAGGUCUACGCCGGUGCUUCCAAGUUCAACCUGACUCUCGCCGCCGAGGCUGCCCGAACCGGCUUUGAGACGUCUGCCGUCCUUCCCGCCGGUGUUUCGUAUGUUCGUGCUGACGCAUACAGCCUGAACGGCACUCUGGGCGCAUCCGAGGUCAUUGCCGUUGGAGGCCAGUGCUAA